UCUUACACAAUAUUCUGCUAUUUUCGCGGUAUUUCUCGAUCAAGUUGGCUAUAGAAUCUAACAACAGCCUGGUGUUUUUGAGCUACCAUGAGCAAUUUACUUUUCAGUGAUUGGGUUUAAUGAGCACUUUUGGAGCAUAACGAAAGGAAAUCGAAAAAAAAAGCUUAAGGAAGCAUUUCGUGGUAGACCGCUGACCCUACGGGCAUAAAACGCGCCAAAAUUUAAUGAAAAGGAGAGCAAAGGCUAACUCUUAGAAGCAGUUACCUUCAUCCCUUGAAUUGUAGGAAACUAUUUAAUCCACUAUUUGGCACAUUUUGGGGUGAUUUUGCUCAAAAUGUGUGGGAGAACGGCCUGUACCCUUGCUCCUGAUGAAUUCCCGAAGGCAUGCACAUUCAAAGGAAAGAAUGGUCAGAUCCAGGAACCGGCUUGGAGAGAUGGUAGCUUCAAUAGAGGAAAAUACUAUCCUUCCCACAAUAUUAGUCCGCAAUCCUUCACUCCAGUGUUACUGUCAAGUCAACAUUUUAACAGUUUAGCAUCAGAAGAGCCUUGUGAAAGGGUUCUUCAACCCAUGAGAUGGGGUUUAAUUCCAUCAUGGCACCGUGGAGAUCCCAAAGAGUUCACCUACAAUAUGAGCAAUGCUCGUAGUGAUACUCUGUUGGACAAAAGAUCUUUCAAAUCUCCUCUAGAGAAGGGUAACAGAUGCGUUGUUUUAGCUGAAGGAUUCUUUGAGUGGGAGACAUUGAAGGGAGGAAAGAAACAGCCAUACUACAUCUACCUCAAGAAAGACACAAAGAUAGAAGUACAAAACAAAACAAUGACAGAGAUUGAAGGAGAAAACAAUAAUGAAAAGGAGACAGAUGUGAAAGGUUUUCACAUUAAAAAGGAACCAGAGGAAUCCAUAGCAGUCAAAGCAGAAGAAGACGCACAGUUUGGAGAGAAGCGUCUCUUAACCAUGGCAGGCUUGUUUGAUUGUUGGAAGCCACCAAAUGGAAGUGGUAAUGAAGAUGAAGAACUCUUUUCUUAUACUAUCAUCACAGUGGAUUCAUCUCCAUCUCUAAGAUGGCUGCACAACAGAAUGCCAGCUAUUCUAGAGGGGGAAGAAGAGAUUGGCCGCUGGCUAGACUUUGGAGAAGUUCCAUGGCAAAAGGCUCUAAACCUUGUAAAACCCAAAGAUUGUUUGGAGUGGCAUCCAGUCUCUACAGUUGUGAAUAAUUCUAGGAAUAAAUCACCAGACUGCAUCAAGCCAAUUGACUUGACACAAAAACAAGAAAAGCCUAUUAAAGGAACUUUAUUUUCAUACUUCAAAAAAUCACCUUUGAAACAGGAGAAAGCAUUAGACAAGGGAGAGACUUCACAAGAACCAUCUCAAAAGAAAGCAAAAUUCGAGCAGUGA